GUAGGUAUCGACCACGAUCGAAGAAGGUUCCGUGUGAGAGCACGCGCGCGUCUUUCGGGAUUUGUUUCUACUAUUUCGUUUCGUAGGUUUUUUUUUUGUUUCUGGCGGUUUGAGUUUAUAUGGGGGACAUUGGGGGAUCGUAUUUUGGGACAUAAAAACAAAAGCAAAAAUCAUUCGCCAGGGAAGGGAGUGAUUCUUCCAAGUGCACUUUGGGCUCUGAAAAACAUAUGAGGGGGUUUCUGUCUGAGUGCUGAUAUUUUGUGACAAGGGGCGGUAUAUUUUGUGGGCUCUUUACGAGGAUGUGUCGUGCAAACAGCAUCUUGGAGAUUUCGUAAUUUGCGAGCUUUGCCGCCUCGAUCUUUUAGUGCCGGUCUUCCUCAGCUGUUGCGAGAGCUGAUUUUUGUUUUUGUUUUAUUGGAAUUUCGUGGAGCGACAUAUCUGCAAGUUUGCGCCGUGUUUUCGCAGUGGAACUUCAUCGUAUGGAGCAGCAGUUUGGGGAGCCUCGGAAUGCGCAAAAGAGUGCUGCUGAUAAGUUGUGCUCAAGUACCCCAACCUUACAUAUGUACCAACCGUCGUUAAUUGGGUGCAAUAUUUCGAGCUACACUUGAAAGAGGGUGAUAAUCAUCGGCCGGCGUGUGUAUUUUUUUUAUAUGUAUACCUAUGUUCUGCAAUGCAAGUAAUUGUGCCAAAUCGCCUUUCCGACCCCAGAGUUGACCAAUUACCCCUUUAUGAGCUCCAUUACGAAAAGAAGUGACAUAAAUACUAUUGAAGCUGUAUUUUCUACUAGAAAACCCUAAUGAAAAAUUAAACCACCCAUUGGCUGGUCGAAGAAAAAACGUUGAAAGUGAUGGUCAAUCAAAAGUCGCUAUCAGAUUUAAUCUUCUCUGCCCCUCCGAAAGUGCAUAAGUUUUGGCAGCUUCGAAACCUCAAACACCAUCGAGAAAGGAAAAACAAAUUUUAAAAUAACAUAUGCGUCGUGCUGGCCGAAAGCUGUGAGCAAUCCAGUGCGGGAAAUUUGUGGUGUUGCUGCACUCAUCAAUAAACAAACAGGGCGCACCGAAAUUGUGGGAAAAAUGGAGUAGCGAAGCCCAACUGAUAGCAAGUGUGCUCUUUUUUUCGGCGUAGCUGCUGGAGAAACUAAUAAUUUCUGAUGGAUCUGUGAUGGUUCACUGAAGUGCAAAUUCGGAUGCGGACACCUGGAGGAGAAAUCUACUGUAAAAGCGUAUUGCUUUUAUCUCGUUCUAGAAUCUGCAUCGAGGCAAUUUGAAGGCCCAUUUAGUAAAGGGUUCGAAUCACCAUUCACAAACGUCACGCCAUGCCCCCAGUCGGUUGGAUGAGUGGCCAUCGAAAUUCUCUAAUCAUACUUGAACGAUCGACCACGACGGUGCGGUUUCCGGGGGACACCAAACCCGCGGUAAGCCCUUAGCGCCAUGUCAUCAUGGGCCGAGAAGCGAACCACAGCGCUGAACGCGGAAAUCGUCCCCGAUCCCGGAGAACCGGCGGACAAUGCAUCAUCAUCAUCGACAGCGGCCACCAGCAGCGGGGGCAGUAAAUUCCCGUUGCGCAAAAUCGGUGACCUGUUGCGAAACAAGCUGCGAAGUUCCGGUAGCUAUUCGGUUAAAAGUCUCAACGAGAGUAUCGUUCAGGAGUGCAAGAUAGUGGAAAAACCGGCGCUGCCGAAUGAUGUGGAAAAUGUACCGCCCACACCGACGGCCUCAGCCCCAGUUCCAACCACCCACACUCACACCCACUCCCACUCCCACUCCCAAACCAAGACCCAGACGAAGGCCAACCACCCGACGACCCAUUCGGCGGCAGUGGGCCAAACGGCGGAAGUGACCAAUCCAAUUGCCGUUGUUGUGGCCGUUAAUGAAAAACCGUUUCGGGCGCCGCCAUCGACGGCUACCGGUGAUGAUGGAUCUGGCAUUGUUAUUGCCGGCACCGGGUCAACCGCUAGCGGCAGCGGAAUUCGAUCGAGAAAAAUGGGAACAUUCAACAGAACGAUGCAGCGACCGAAAAGUGCAAUUUCGAGUUCCAGCAUUGACCGGAUAAGUCAAAUUCGGCAGUCAACUGGAGAUGAUUCGGUGCUAGCAGCGGGUGGUGUUCAUAAACGUCAAUCGAUCAGUAGCCAAGGAACGAGUAGUGUCGGUAUUGAUCCGGAGGUAGUUGUCGAUAAAACUUUGGGACGAGAUAGGUUGAAUUCCACCUCUCACUAUUCGACAGAAAAAAGUGGAUCCUCGGGAUAUUACAGUACAAACAUCUACUUCGCCGGAGGAUCGGUGGUUGAUGAACACAUUUACUACGAACCGGUUGAUCGAGGCCGAAAACCUUCAACAGAUGGGAGAGGUAGUGUAAGCAAACCGAUUGUCCGAACACUUGAUAAAAAAGAAGGAAUCCUGAAGAAUGGCAAAAGUGGUACCGUUGCAAAAAGUGGUCAGAAGAAUGGAAGAGCGUUGGAAAAGUAUUACUUUCCAGCCACGUUAGAGAACUUAUCCAACGAUGUAACGAUAAUGCGCGCCAAGCGGACGAGUAAUGAGAAGCUCACUGACAUUGUGGAAAGCUCGGACGGGACGAUUCCGAAACCAAUUUGGCCAAUGGAUGCGGACGAUUCGCUCGCGGACAUCAAUUUGGAGGCGUUCCGAAUGCGGAACAAUAGCCAACAAAAUUUGAUAGGAUUCGAAAGUCCCGCCUCUUCACACACGGACAAUGAACUGUAUGCGAUCAACAAAAAACUUAAUGAUGAAACCACUAGCGAACAACAGAAAUCUCAGUACGAGGAAUAUCUCGAGUUCCACAAUACCCGCAACAUUUUGGAACAGAUUCGUGGCAAGCUUAAUACACUUCUGGAACAAAGAAUUGAAAAUCAGAAAACAAAUUCUGCGAAUGGCCGUGGACCAGCAAAACCAUCGCCUGCAGAAAUCGAAUUGGAGAACAAGAUAGCAAAUCUCAAAUCAGAUCUUGAAAGCUAUUUACAGUCGAUGAAUCAGAAGAAUGAGAACGAAAUAAAAAAUUUCUGCCGAGGAAUGUCCAAGGAUGCAAAGGUGCUAGCAGUACAGAACGCAGUUGAGCAUCGGAAUCGUUCGCGUAGUUCAUCGGUCAAUUUAGAAAACGAGUAUGACGUAUUGAAGGUGCCUCGAGGAGUCAUUCAACCUUUCUACAGUUCCUCCGUUCAUCAGCGCACGUUGAAAAGCUAUCCUAAGGUAGAACGUAGUUCAGACGAUCCACAUCCGUCGCAUUUCGAAACGGUGUAUGUCGAAGAUGGGUUCGAUGUUCGGCAGUUGACACGACCGGCUCCGAAUCCAUUUGCCCAGGAAGCCCGGACUGCCCAGAUGUUGACUUACCAGCGGCCGCAGCAUCAACAUCAACAUCAGCAUCAGCCGCAGCCAAUCUAUGAGCAGCAUCGGGGUGGCGAAAGGAGACCUAGCAAAGUGACGCUCGAGAUACCGACAGAGAGUAAAGCAAGCAGCAUCCGAUCGGGUUUGGCACGCAGUGUGAUUCGUGAUAAUGGUGCUGGGAUAGGAAUAAUUAGUGAUGGGGGAAUCUCUGUAGAUAAGAGCCAACAGUGGCACCAUUUGGGUCAGCAGUUAGCUAAUAGUAGAAAUCUAGGCAAAGCUGGGGAUGUGAGUGAUUUCACGUUACAGCGAGUGAUUCUGAUGGAAAGCUUAGGGAAGAAUGGAAAGCGGUUCAACGACAAGGAGAAGAUGCUGUUGGAGUAUCAUCUGAACAAACCUAGCUACUGGGAGCUGUACUAUGGUGCGAAUCGGGAAGAACAAACGCUGCCGACGCAUACGCUUAUACGGAAGGUGAAACUAGGCGCCAAGAACGCGAUUGCUGUUUCAUACCCUUCAACCCGGCCGGAAUCGGACUUCACCCUGGAUUUGCCACGGGCCGAGCAGCUCCGGGUCAAGAUGAAAAAGGAAAAGCAACUGCGGAGCCGCUGCCGGUGGAUUUUCUAUCUGCUCAGCGUUGUGUUCUUCCUGCUUUCGGUCAUGGUAGUCAGCCUGGUGCUAACCCGGGGCAAACGGAUGUUUGGCAGCAUGAUCUGACCGGCAUGUUGACCCGUCCAUGUCGGUUUGUCUGUGUGUUUAUGAGUUCUUAACAGUUGGAUAAGGUUGUCAUUUUGAAUUUUUCUGUUUUUAAACUUAUGAGAGACUUUUAAACGGAUUUUCUUCUGUUUUUUCUUCUUUGUAAGUAUUGGAAACAUUACGUUGAUUCAAUCGUGGUUUAAAUAUAAGUUUUUUUAAGCGCUGUUUUUUUUUACUUGAACAUUGAACAAUUUUUUCUCAUUUUUAUCAAAAACUACUAGAGCUUAAAAAGUUGUAACUCACAAAACAAAUUUUGAAAAUAAGCGCAUCAUAAAAUUUAUUUAGACGUGAAUUUACGAAUUAAAGUACAAAAGCAACACACGAUGAAACAAUUUAUAUACUUUACAUCUAUGAUGUAAAGUGAUGCCAACAAAAAGAUGCAAAUUUACAUAAUAUGUUUAAUUGAUCAUCGAUUUAACGUCAGUAUAAUGCUCCACCGUGUGUUGUUUUCGUGUAUUAAUUACACUCCGAUUUUCGCCUAAAUUUUGUUCUGUAGAUGGCGCAAACUUCAAUUGUUAAAGGCCACCCAUUACUUUGCUAAAAAGUUAGACAUUGUACUCCCAAGUGUUGUUCUCAUUCGAUUUUGCAGGUUUUUUCAAAUUGCACUGAAAAAGUCAUGAUAUAUUUUUUACCCAUCUGCACCUCUUGUGGUUUUUUGAUAAAAAAAAUAUGGUCAUUCUUAUUAUUUUCAUUACAUUGUUGAAACUCAUUGCUUUAAAUCAGAACUUAAAUAUAAAAAAUGUUGGUAUGGAAAAUGUAAAUGUAAAAUCAGUUUUGCCAUUUUAUUUUCUUCUUUUAAAGCUUCGUUUUAAAAACGGAAUUAAGUUUAUAAUGAUUAUUUCAAAGCAAGUAAAUAAAAAUGCUCGAUACCAAGACUCGACAUUGGUAAUCUGGACAUAACACUUUUGACCUUAAAUUUUAAACUUUUAAUUAUUUUUUUUAUAUUUGUAAAUAUUCAGUAAGUAUUCGUGCCACGAGUGCCACCUAUAGGGAUAUGUCGGGUAGGACGAUCACCCUAAGGUAGAAUCGCCAUAGAAAACCAGAUAUUGCUUUUUUGAACACAGUGUCAGUGCAUAUAAGCAAAUUAGGUUGAUUGCUGUCGUAUGAACUAUAGAAAUUAGUUAUUUCCCUCAUUAAAACUGUUUUUACAGCAAUCCAAAACAUGUUUGCAAAUUAAACUUUUCAAAAAAGGUUGGAAGUUAAGGAAUAUUUUGCCAGAAAAAUUGUUGUAAAAGCACAUAUUUUUGGAAGUUAAGUAUUUGAGAACGUUCUGAAACCAAAAUGGAAUCAACUGGCUCGAGACCAUCGAAACAGUUUGGUUUUUCUGAAUUCCGUAUUUUAUAGGCGCUGUCUUCUGUUUGGCAAGCUAAGUGCUUUUCGACCGACAAUUGGUCUUGCCAAGGUCUUUUGAAGACAUUUGCGGAUCAAACCGAUGAAAAAUUUAAAUUCCUGGAAAAACUUAUGUGUCUGUCUUAACCAUCUCCAGGGUUGGAAAACAAAAAAAAAAUCAAAUCUUGAGUUUGUCUGAUUAAAUCAAUCUUCUCCAAUUUGUCUUAACAACAUUUGCUGCUCCAAACAUGCUUCGUAACUUGAAAGCAAAAAAAAAUAUAUUAAAAGUCUACUAUGAAAAAAUUGAAAAUUCUAACUGUUUUGUUUCAAGGGAUACAGCUUUAUUUCGUUCUACAAAGUUAUAGAAUAGGCAAAAAUAUGCAACUUUGUUAAAAAUACCAAAAUUCUAUCUAUAUUAUAAUUGGUUAUGCUUUCAAGUUAUGAAGCAAGUUUUAAGGUGCAAAUCUUGUUAAGACAGUUUAGAGAUAAAAUGAAAAACAAAUAAGCUGCGAAAAAGUUUUACAUUUUGCCCUUUUGGACCUCUGUGCAGUGAGAGGGUAACAAAUUUUGUUUCUUGUAAAUGAUCACUAUAAAAACUUUUUUCAAGUCUUUUAGAAUGAUUUUAAUUGAACAGGUUUGAAAAUUUCAGUUGAUUUUUUUGUCGAAAUGAAAAAAAAAAUGCUGCAACGAUUUUUUAUUCACCUCACCAGAACCCGCCUUAGCAACUUUUUUUUUAAACGAUUGUUGCUCAAUCCCUUCGACCGUAAUUCGCUGAUUUUCCUUCAUAUGAUUAAUAAAAACACAACCUUUGAAAACGAUUGCAAUUUGUUUUGUUUACUAUUAUGAGACCUUACUUGAUGUAAAUGAACAAAGGGUCUCCAAAGUGGCAAACAUAUACCCAUUAUUAGAUGUAUGCCAAACAUUGUAAUUUUCAAUCGACUGGAAGUGCCGGUUUGAUUCGCUGUGUCCGUCUUACCUGACUUUCCCCUAUGUGUAUAGAAAUGAAAUGUACAAAAUUAUUCAACAUUCAAACUUUGCAAUUAUUUACAAUCUGCAUAAAUAGGUACCGUAAACGGGGUGACAUUGAUCACCCGGGUAACUUUGAACUAUAUGAUUUUUUUCUCUACAUAAUAAUCAAUAACAAGUCUUAAGUUAAAAAAUCUCAAAACUUUUUUCUAGUUUUAAAAACCUAUGAGUUGAGUUUCAAAUUGGAAAAACUUGGUUUGUUUUUGAAAAUUUCAAAUGUAAGUAAAAAAUUUAAUUUCAAAGUCUUGAAAUAUCUAUUUUUGAAGGCUCGUAAGUAAACGCCUUCCUGAUUAAAUCAAAGCGGUAAACUUAUGUAAGCGUAUAACUUUUUUCCUUAGUAAAUGAAUAGUUUUUGUUAUAUUUUGAGGAAAAUUUUUUAUAUUUCAUAAAAAUUGGGACAUUUUCCAAGAGUAAGCCAGUCUAGGACAAAAAGCUCGAAACCCUUCAAAUGGUAAAGUUUGAAGAAGAAAAUUAAAGAGGAAUAGUACGAGGGCUUAGGGAGUUUAAUGAAGGCAGAAUUUAAUUUUUUUUUGUAGAUGAAAUUUUUCGAAUAGUGGAUGAAAAUUUAGCUCCUUUAUUUAUGCAACAUCAUUGUCCAUAUUUCAAUUUUAAUUGUUGUUUGGCCUUAACACAUUGAGGACCGGGAUGUUGUUUUUUUUUGGACCGCGAAGAAAUCUAUACCAAGAAAUACUUGAAUUCAGCAUUGCAUAUCUCAGAAUUAACUUGACCAAAAGUUAGAAAUUUAGUAUUUUGAGGACACCUAAAGUGUUGUGUUCAAUUUUGUAGAGUUUCAUGAUUAAUUUUACAUCAUUUCAGUUUGUUCUGAACCGUCUAAGCAACUGAUAAACUAGCAUUUAAAAAUAUUGUGUAGGUGUUUUGUAUGCUUUAUGAUAAAAAAAAUCUCGUUAAACCGUCAAUCAGUCUCUAACUGAUCAAUGUUACCCCAAAGCAUCAAAUUCUAAACAAAGACGAUUUUUAUAUCAAAUUUAAAGUAGUCGUAUAAAUUUCUGCAACCAUGUUUUACGCUCAUAGGAGUCCAGUACUGGUUUUAAAAAUAUGAAACAUGCCGCAUUUCCCUUAACCGAAAAAGUAAUCUAGAAAUUUUGAAAAAAGUGAUCAAUCUUACCCCGGAUUAUUGUAUGGAUGUAUUGUAGCCAAAUCGGUUAUGUUUGAUUUGCCCAAACUUACCUGUGCAAAAUUUCAGCUCAAUCGAACUUGAUUUAGGGGUGCCUCAAAGCGCUCUAAGUUUCGAUUUUUUGACCAUCAAAAAUCAACAACGGGUGAAAAGAAAUCGCAAAAAUCGAAAUUUUAAUUUUUAUGCCAAAUGACUUACAAAUAUAUGAAACGUCGAGAUCUGGUCUUAAAAAAAACUCGGCCAUAAAUCGAAUUUUCCGAAAAACGGACGGUUUUCCUAAAAAAAAACCCAGAUAGUCGAUUUUUGACCAAAUUUCUGUUUAGGGAUUACACCAAAUAUCGACGUUGCAUUUCUAUGGCAUUUGGCAUCAAAUUUUAAUUUUUCAAUUUUUCUGAUUUUCUUUCCCUCGCUUACGUGAUUUUUUAAAUUCUAAAGUCGAUUUUUGACAAAAAAAAAAUGAAUUUCGAGAUUACACCAGAUUUCGACGUUUUGUGCAUUUUAAACUCAUUUUGCAUCAAUUUUUUUCGAUUUUUCUUUUUUUCUCGUUUUUGCGAUUAUGAGAGAAAAAAAAUCUGAAACUUUGAGCGCUUUUAAGCACCCCUAAAUCAAGUUCGAUUGAGCUAAAAUUAUGCUCGUAUCCGUUUUUUUUGGUCAAUUUACAAAAUUGAAAUGGUCGAUUUUCAAAAUUCGAUCAUGAAAUUUUCCCAUACAUCCAAUGUAACCCUAGUAUUCAUAUAGUUGUACAGUUGCGUUAAAAAGGUAUUAAAUCGCGCAGAGCAUCGCAUAAAAUUCUAACUUUGACAGAAUGCCAUUUCUCUCUCAGUCAAUAUUUUGUCAAAAACUUUCACGCCAACUAUAUUAACUCAUAAACUCUUCAAUCAAUAAGUUUUGAACAUUUCACGGGCACCAGAAAGAGCAAUUGAGCUGUUAUAGUAAAACUAGGGAAAACUGAGAUUGCUUCACAAAAUGCAAACUGUGAGAGAAAUGAAAUUUUAUCAAAGUUGGAGGUUUGUAAAAGCUAUGGUUCGAAACAUGAGUAAUAUAGGAACACUUAUCAGACUUAAAUUUGUGAUUGAAAUUGAAACAAAAUAAGUCAAAAAGAUGUUCCCAAAAAAAAAAAACGAUGGAUCGCCUUUUCAAGCUAAUUUGGCAGUGUUUUUUUAACGGUCGCCAUGUGAACAAAUUCUAGUAUGUUUUAGUUAUAUUGCCAUUCCAGCGAGGUUGCCUUUUAUAAUAUCAGGAUUAAAAAUGAUAGCUUCCAAAAUCGGCAAAGUUUUAAGAUUAAUUAGUAGCAUCCUGACGAGAAGUUACAUGCGAACUAAAUGAACUAUUUUAGUGUGAAAUUCUGAUUUAGUAUCUACCAAUUUGAAGGAUUUUCGAGCUAAGACUUUCUAGUUAUCUAAUUGAAUGUUUGAAAUUUUAUAGCCAAAGUUUCAAAACUCACAUCUUAUUUAAUCAAUGUUUUCUGGAUUCCACUUCAAAAAGAGUAUACGUGUAAGAAAAACACAUUAACCCUUCAUUUCAUGAUUUUUUUUAUUUUUCUUUAAAAAUCAUUUUUAACAGUUGGAAACGCAGAGUACAUCAAGAAAAAAAUUAAAGUAAAAUACGAUUUUUCAUUUUUUCCAUACAUUAAUUGUUGCAAAUUUGUUACUUUAUGAAACGAAGGGUUAAUUGAUAUUGACAUAAUAACAAAGGAACAUCGCAAAAAUAUUGUUGAACUUCUAUCUAUUCAUUUUGAACAUCUUUAGACUUAUUUUGUCACUUUCACAAGAAUUUUCAAUGACAACCUUAUCCAAUGCUUUUUUUUUGUAUUUUGAACGAGAAUAUGUGCAGCUACAAAGAUCAAGUUGAUUAUAGGUUAGCUCAAUUGACAUGAUUUUUUUCUACAUUUUCAAAACUGGUUUUAAAUUAAUUUAGCGCAUUGAGUUCUAACCUUUUAUCACGGAAGUUUCAUCUCUGGUGUCAUUCGAUUAAAAUCGGAUCAAAUUUGAGCAAAAUCAGUCAUUCAAAACUGAUAAAAUACCCAACUAAUUUUUUUAUUCGUGUUUCAUAAGGUUGCCAGAUUGAACGGUUUUAUCCUGGUUUUCCCGAGUAUUUAAUAUAAAAUUUGAGAAAAAUCCGAUCCGGCCCGGUUGCUUGGAUUUCAUUGGAAAAGCCCGGUGAUUUACCCGGGUUUUUUCUUAAUCUCAUUCUCAAAUCAAACUUAAAAAAAACAAAUUGUGUUGUAUUUUUUUUAUUUAUGCGUCCAAAACGAAUGUGUUUGAGUAAGUUUCUUAGAAAUAUCCAUGGAAGGUUUGGAGAAACUUUAAAAUACGAUUUGAACUCUGUUGAUAAAUUUUGAUGAAAAAAAUAUAUUUUAGUUAUUUUUUAUGUAUAUUUUUUUUAAUUUUUGUCGAGUUAUUCCAAGGUUUUAACCAAAUUUGCAAUGGAUAUUGCCCGGAUUUUGGUCAAAAUUUUUGAAAUCAAAUGCCCGGAUUUGGCCAGGUUUUUAGUUGAAUGAAAUAGCCCAGAUAUAUCCAUCCUGGAUACGCGUUGAAAAAUUCAGGCAACAUUAGUAUUUCGAAUAGGAAAUCGUUUUCAUUGAAAAUUAUUAUUUAAAAGAGAAAAUGCUUGAAAAACCUGUAAUAUUUAAAAGACCGCAAAUCGUUUUAAAGUUUUAACCGAUGCUUUACUACAACUUCAAAAACUUCGUUUUGGUUGGAAAUUCUUUCAAAAAACCUAUUUCAUUUUAGAACAGAAAAAAGAAUCAUUAUUUUUUCUCUAGGAAUUAAAAAAUAGUUGAAAUUUUCAGUAAUUAUUUUUAUCGUUUAUUUGGUUUACAAACAUUUUAAAAACUUUUUUUAUUCGUGUCCAUUCUUCAAGAAAAUUGAUUUUCAAAUUAAAAACCAUUAGUUCAUACAUAGAUUUUGCAAAGUCAUUUACUUAAAUUUUUAUUGAUUUAAAAUUGGGUUAUUAAUUUUUUCAAGUAUAUAACGUAGCAAACAAGUGGAGGCGAGAUAUUAAGGUUGCCAGAAUUUUCUCAAUACCUAUCCGGCCGGGUAAAUAGCUAUUUUAAAUAAAAUCUGGCAAAAUCCGGGCUUUUGAUUUUAAAAUUGACGACUAUAAAACCGGGCAAAAUCUGGGCAAAUUUUGUCAAAACCCAGAAAUUGCUUUGCAAAAAUCAAGAAAAAAAAUUUUUUUUAUCGAAACUUAUCAACAGAUUUCAAAUCGUAUUUUUCAAUAUCAAAAAAAAAAAUUAUGAUUAUUUUUAUGAAACUUGUUGGAAAAAUUUUGUUCAAGAGGCACAAAUAAAAAAAAUUAGAUACAUCACAAUUUGUUUUUUUAAUUUGAUUUGCCAAAAAAAAAAGUGAAUAAAUCCGGGCUUAAUCCGGGCAUUGUUCAAUGAAAUCUGGGCAACCGAGUUGGGCCGUACUGUUCCCAAAUUUUGUAUUAAAUAUCCGGGCAAAUCCGGUUAAAACCGGACAAUCUGGCAACCUUAUGAUAUACCCAUAAUGAUAAAUAAACGAUGAUGAGUAAUCGAGUAAAAUGAAAAAAAGCACCGACCGAGAACCGAACUCGAACCUUCCUAGUGCACUCCCCGGCACCUUACCACAAGUCUAACUCGUCAAUUGAUUAUCAGUACGCUUUAUCCUAAGGUUGUCAAACUACACGUUUUUAUCCAGGUUUGCCCUGAUAUUAAUUACAAAAUUUGGGAAAAUUCAAAUCCGACCCGGUUGCUCGGAUUUCAUUAAAAAAAAGCCUGGAUUUGCCGGGGUUUUCCCGAGUUUAUUCGCUUUACUACUUUACUAUUCUACUAAUCAAACAAAAACUAAAUUGUGAUGUUGAAAAUUUAAUUCAUGCGUUCAAAACGAAAUUUUUUUAGCGAGGAAGAAUGACCUUAACGGGUUAAACUCCUAUCAAAAAGAAAAGAAAACAUUUUUUUAGCAAGUUUUUUUUUACAAAAUUAAUCAUAAAAAGUUUUUUGGAAGCCUUAAACCGAUUUUUUAUUUUUUUUAAAGAUUUUUAUUUUUUAUUUUUGUUGAAUUAUUGCUGGGUUUUUACCAAAUUUGCCCAAAUUGGUUGUCGAUAUUGGUUGGAUUUUUGGUUGUCGAUUUUGAAACCAAUGCCCGGAUUUGGCCUGGUUUAUGAAUGAAAUAGACCGUAUUUUUUCGGCCCGGAUACGUACUGAAAAAAAAUCUGGCAACCUCACAAUAGCCCUAUUGUUGAAAUUUUUGAGCGGUCCUGGGAAGAAAGGAAGAGACCCGUGUGCGUGUCAAUUGAAGCCACACUCAUUCAUCGCAUAUCACUUCACUUCAAUGAUAUAUUAGAUCGUUAAAAACCAUUCAAUAUAUUUGCUACAAUUUGGCAACUUAUUUACGAAUUAACUUUUCAUACGCCCGAUUCAACUUGUAUUUGGGCAAAAAGUGUCGUAAAUGAAUCAUGAAAAAUCUCACAAUAGAAUUAUUUUUUUCGAUGGUGAUUGAAAAUGUCCUCAUGAACGAUUUAAAUUACCAUUUCCAUUUCGAUUUUAUGUUAGAUGUGAAAUAUCCAGCUUAAAAUUUAAAAUCAUUUUUGAUAAUU